AUGAAACUCCUACUCCUCCCCCUCCUCGCCCUCCAAGCGACCGCCUGGUCGCUGACCAUCUACUUCACCGACGGCGGCCACAUCACCAGCACCGGCCGCCUCAAUUCGGGCUGCAAGGCCUACGACCUCCCCGUCCACAACCGCCAGGUCAACCGCGCCUCCUUCAGCGAGAGCACCUUCGCCGACACCUUCGAGCUGUUCAGCGACAAGGACUGCCGGAACCGCGUGUUUCGGGAGGGGAAGGGCAGUCAUCGCGUGCAGCCGCCGCGGCGG